UGCGCCUGAAACUUGGGAUAUUAUAAUCUAAAAGCAUUCUCACUUUUUUCUUAAAUACAAAGAAACGCAAUAUCGAAAACAGCAAGGAAUAGUUCAGUUGUAUAUAAAAUCACAAAAAGAGCCAAUUCAAAAAAUGCAACCUGAUAAUAAAGAUGGAGAUUUUCUGCAAAAACUGGAUGCAACAAACGAUAAGAGCAAAUUGAAAUAUUCUGACAUAAUAUAUAUGAAACAAGCAGAAGAAAUAGCUCUUCAAAAAGCAUUAAAGUAUAGAAACACUCGUUUAAAGUGUAGCAUUUUAGGUAUUUCUUUAGGUGGUAUAGCACUAGGAAUUUACUUGUAUACCAUACAUGCUGUGAGGCAAGAAACUUUUUUGGAUGAUUUGAAUGAACCUGAGAAAAUAAUAGAACAAUCUACUUAA